GCAUCAAUCGUCUCCUCUCCUGUCAUUGGCGGAAUCAUGUUCGACAAUCCCGAGUCGGACGUGUCAAGCGUGUCUGGAUCCGAUAUCUUAUCGGGGAGCACUUCGGCUAUGGGCGGCGAUGGCAGUGACAUGCCAUCGCGCGGGCGUGAACAGCUUCCCGAAAACUCCAAUCAAGGCCUAGCCGAGUAUCGGGACUCUCGGCCGAUCGAUCUCAACGACCUCGACGCCCGCCUGCAAGAUACAUUGUCCGGCAGCGCCAACCGCACCCCGCGAGCACUUGGACCACCACAUCCCAGAUCACCAGCCGUCUGUGGAGCAGAGUUUGCAGAAUCGAUUCUGCGCCAGAGGAGACGGGAAGAGGCGGACGCAUACCAAAAACUCGUCCGUGAUGGCGGCCGCCUGCUUUAUCCAAUCGAGCUCCUUGGCAAGGUCUCCGCGUCCUUCCCAAGGGGCCCGUUCCUGGGCCCAAACAAUAAGUCGUACUACCUUGUCGCUGGGAAUAACGGCGAGUAUCAGCAUUUGUUGCGCCCCUGGCUAGACGAUAUUGCGAGAGGCAGUUACUUUAAAGACUGGUGGGGCGGCACCAAAGCGGACUACCCCUGGGGGGUAUUCCAGAAGCAGCAGCAGAGAUGGGUCAUGUUCCGCAGAUGGCAGAGAGACAACCGCGACUUGGACGAGCUCGAGGACGACCUGUCAUGGCUCAAGGAGCUCUGGGACGACGAGCAAGAGAGACGCACCUGGCAGCGCCACUACUGCCGGGAGCCGGGAGACUCUGACCCGAAGCAACAGGGAAAGCUGGAAACGUGGAUCGAGUACCUGUCCUUCGAGUACUGGUGGCUCGACCAGUUUAUGCAUGCCAUCGACUGCCGGAAGGAGCGGGGCGACAAGAAGAGGCCGAAAGGGCCAUGGCCAAGGCCGCGGCGGCUGGUUGAGCAGCUGAGUGCUUUAAUAGACGAGUUGAGAGAAGCAACGAGGGAUGCGUCGCGCCACCUCGUCCUCCUCCCGUGGAUCCUGGCCCAGAUCCCCUUGAUCGAGGCCGACUUGAGGCGAAGCGAAAACAGCGGCGGGCGAGGAGGCGACCCUGGCGUGGCCAACACGCCGGCAGAGCUGCUCGAGUAUGACGGCAGCCACCUCGGACACCGAGGCGAACAAGGGGGUUGAGGUCUCCUUUUACCGUCACGGGCGCGACCGUCGCCAUGUCUAGGGAGGUUUUGUUUUGGGGGUGUGCGCCACAUUCCCUGGCUGGCCAACUGCGGCCUGAUCCGGCGGCUCCGCCGGCGGCCUAUCUACAGGUACCAUCGCCGUCGCCUAUUUGGGUCGUUAACCCUGCUGACGCACCCCCUCCAUUGAGAUGUUUCCUACAUGGCGCCAAGCUCCCUCAUCCUCAUUUCGGCCCAGUUCCCCAGACUACCAAAGUAUCCUUCCGGAUCUUCA